CCGAGCUCUGACCUUCCGCCUGCUUUUUGCUCCAGAUUUUCUGCUGACGCUCUUCAAACCGCCCGCCCGCCGCCUCUUCCCUGUUUGAACCUGCGGCCGGGGACAGCCGGAGCCGGAGAAGCUUAGAGUUGUUCGAUUGGGAGGGAAAUGUGCGGGUUGGUGAUGAAAAGUGCCUUUUCUGAAGUGUGUGUUACUUGGAGCUGCUUGUAAGUCAGUCUGCGCUUGUGAGGCUUGUUUGCUGCCAGUUGCAGAAUGCCUGGUCUAAUAAUCAACUGAAAACACCUCUGCUGCAUCUGCGUGUCUGCUGCCUCAUCUUAAAUUGUGAGUAGGAUCAAAAACAGGAAGAACAAACUACUGUAAGAAGAACAAAGCCAACAUAGGAAGAGCUGGGUGUGCUGUUUGCAAUAAAACCAAUGACGGGAAGCGACUAGAACAUGAUUAAUAUUCCAUUAGCGGGAACGAUUGCAUCCAAAUAACUUUAUUCAAAGCAACAAAGUGUUUUAUCAGCAAGAGUGGAUAGCUUCAAACCUUUUAAACAACUGGAGUGCCAAUCUGAAGGUUCCCCUCCCUCAUUCACAAAUGAGAUAAAUUGAUGACUAAUCACUUGCUGAUUAGGUAUCUGAUUUAACGCUGACCAAUACGCUGCAAAACAAGCCUCUGUUAGCAUUUUGUCAAGUAAUUUUCUUCUGUUCUGCACAUCGGUGCAUUUAAAAAGGCUACAUUUUUGGUUUGUGUUCCGUUGGCUGCUGGAACUUUUUUUUGUCCAAGAAUCCUGAAAUUAAGCUACUCUUCUUAUCCACGUUUUACUUCAACCAUUUAUUAUGGCUUUAAACGUUGCUCCAGUGCGUGAUACAAAAUGGCUGACGUUAGAAGUGUGCAGACAAUUUCAGAGAGGGACUUGCUCACGUUCAGACCAGGAAUGCAAGUUUGCACAUCCUCCAAAAAGCUGUCAAGUUGAAAAUGGGCGAGUUAUUGCUUGUUUUGAUUCCCUAAAGGGCCGAUGCACAAGGGAAAACUGCAAAUAUCUUCAUCCUCCAAUGCAUUUAAAAACACAGCUAGAAAUUAAUGGACGCAACAAUCUCAUACAACAGAAAACAACUGCAGCUAUGCUGGCACAGCAGAUGCAGUUUAUGCUGCCAGGCACACCACUUCAGCAACUUCCCACAUUUCCUGUGAACCCUGCUAUGGGAACAAAUCAUCAUGCUUUCAGCUUUGCUCCCUAUUUGACACCGAUGGCUCAUGGUGUUGGUUUAGUUCCAACUGAAAUUCUCUCAACUAGCCCUCUCCUCGUCCCUGGAAGUCCACCCAUUUCAGUUACAGGUCCAGGAAAUGCACAGAAACACAUCAGGACAGACCGAUUAGAGGUUUGCAGAGAGUUUCAACGAGGGAACUGCACUCGGGGUGAAACUGACUGCCGCUUUGCUCACCCAGGGGACAGUGCAAUGGUGGAUACGAAUGACAAUACUGUAACAGUCUGCAUGGAUUAUAUCAAAGGUCGAUGCUCAAGAGAGAAAUGCAAAUAUUUUCACCCUCCUGCACAUUUACAGGCCAAAAUAAAAGCGACACAACACCAGGCCAACCAGGCUGCAGUAGCAGCUCAGGCAGCAACAGCAAUGACUCAGUCGGCUGUCAAAUCUGUGAAACGACCCCUCGAGGCAACCUUUGACCUGGCCUUUCCACCUGGUGUUCUUCACCACUUACCAAAGAGACCAGCACUUGAAAAAAGUAAUGGUGCCAGCACAAUCUUUAAUCCUAGUGUUUUGCACUACCAACAGGCACUAGCCAAUGCACAGUUACAGCAGCCAACAUUUUUUCCAACAGGGUCGGUGUUUUGCAUGACUCCAGCUACAAGUGUUGCAGAUCUUGCUGAAAUAGUAAAUGGGAAGAAAAUGGAUUGCCAAGACAUCUCCAUGGAAACCCACAAACAGGCUUACUGUAAAUACCAUCUUCCCUCUCCAACUGCAUCUAUAUUGGGCUUACCACAGCCAGCAUGCUAACCACCAUUAAAAUGAAUCGUACUAAGAUAAAAUAAAGAACACAACGUCUUGAUUGGAAAUGCAUUAUGAAAUAUCAGGAUAUAUCUAUAAAGAGUUGAAACACAAAUGUUUAACGGAUAUUCAUUAUAUAACCUGUAAAUAAUCCUAGCUAUAAAACAGAUGUACAGUUACAAUCAAAGAAAAGGUAAUUAACACAUUUUCUGGAGAUUACAUUCUGUACAGAGUGUUAUAUGGUUAUAUUAUUAUUAGCAAUCUGUUGUUUGAGAUUACUGUGCACAAAGCAUCUCCAGAGUUGGAAGAAUCUCUCCACAAACUGCAGUAAUUCAGAUUAAACAAAUGCACUGUACAACAGUACAACAGUUAAAGUGCAAUGUGCAAUGAGUUUUCAAUCCUGCUGCACUAGUCUACUAGUCUACUGCUUUGAGUAUAUAAAACGUAGUGUUUGACUAGUCCUAGUGCUAAAUCAGUAUAAAAAGAUUGGUGGAGUGACAAUUUAUUUUUGUCAACAAGUACUAAGCCACCAUCCUCAAGACAACUUAAGUAAUGGGCAGAAAAAGGCAAAACCAAAUGAUCAUUUUAAUAAUAUGACCUUUAUAUUACCGUAGUUAUGAAAUGUCACAGAUAUUUGGCAAUUUUUUAGAAAGUAUUACAUUAUAUAUAUUAUGCCAAUGAUUUGCUCUUAAUGCUCAUAACUUAAGAUGAGCAGACCAAACUAUAUUUUGUGAUUGUCAAUCAAAUAAAAACAGAUGUCCCUGAUCUACUCAUUAUCCCAGAAGUAAAACUUCCUUGAGGGUUUGCCACAAUCUCGAAUGCCUCUGUCCUGGUGAGUCAAACAAACAUUUGACAAAUUGUGUGAACAAGCCACCUUCUGUGUGUACAUGCUCAGCAGGAAUAUCUGCAUUGGAAAGGAGGAUCUGGGGAUAAUAAUAAAUAAUAAUAAUUAUUAUUAUUAUGGGAUGGAGGUGAUCCCAAUUUUAAUCCAUUUAUGAUUCCAUUUGGUCACCAUAGCUAACAUUUUACCAAAGAUUCUUCCAGCCCUGAAAGUUGCAUCAUUUUAAAUCUUUCUUAAUCUACAGUACAUGAUACACGUAGUAGUGCCUAAAUAAAGGGAGGGUGGAGUGAGUAGUCACAAUUUGUGGCAAAGUGCAAAUUAUACCAAAAUUGUAUUUGUGCAUCCCUGUUGUUGGCAAAACAGACUGGAUUAGCUGCUGCAGGUUAAACAUUUGAUUAAAAAAAUCUAGUUGGAAUGUGUGACAAAAUGACUUAAUUUAUUUUAAAAUAUGAGCCCUUUCUUAAAAACAAAAUUCUCUCCCCAAAUGGACUUUCACGACUAAUGCUUUUUAACAAGAGUGCAAUGAUGAGGCCCAAUGACCAUAUUUUUAAACCAAAUUAAAUACUAAAACUGAAAAUAUUACUUAAUGCAUUUUGUUUUACAAUAGUCACAUAAAGUAAUAGUGACUCUAAUGUAGAUUUAGAGGAUGCACUUCAUUUGAUAAAACGUUGCUUCAUUUAAUUAAAUUGUGAUGUCUAAAAAUUUAACGCAAGGAAAAUAUAAAUUUCUUUUAAUCAGAAAAUUAAGGGCAUCUCAAUACUCGAAUGUAAAGCUGAAUUUUAGUUUCAUCCAAAGUCAGUUUUGUGUUGGUUGUAACACCAAUAACCAUAAUAUUGACAUAGUAAAACUUUGUAGGAGUCCUCUUUUUAAUGUAGUUUAUUUAAACUAUUAAAUACUAGCAUUAGGGACAAAAAAUAAAAUUGCAAAGUUUAAGACCAACACUGACCUAACUUUAAAAAUCUUUUUUUAAAGCUUUAGAAGAUCUUAGCUAAAUCUAUCCAUCAUAAUGAUUAGCAAUUAGAUAUAUUAGUUAAUAGUGUGAUUGGGAUCUUCAUUGUACUAAAAGUAUAUCCCAUUUUCAUAAUAGGUUUGCCUUUUCUAAGAUAUAUUUUAUGAUAUAAAUAUUUGUAUUGUUUUUGGCUUUAAACAAGUUCUAAAGCUAAACAUUUUAUGUGUGAUAAGUUUUUUUCGAUAAACUUUUUUGAGGAUUAUUAGUAGUAGCAAUUGUUUUUAAUCUAUUAUAUUACUUUUUGGCUGCUCAACCAAUUACAAGUCAGAUUUACCCAUGAUUCUACAUUAUUUCUCAAUAAGAUACAGAAAACUGCAUCACAUUGACACUUGUGUAAGGUGGGCUGCCUGUUGUGAUUGGUUAAGUGUCUGUUAUUUCAUAAUCAGUCCCUCAGUUUUUAAAAACUUUUUUUAAAAAAAACUAGGAUUUGUGGACUCCAGUAUAUUCAUUACUUAUCAUAUUGUAAUUUGUUUUUCCCUUUGAUUGUGUGCAAGACAGUAUUUUUCCUCAAAUGUAUAAUGUAAUAGCAAUAAUUUCUGUUAUGAAGUAGUGUACUAUGCUUAAAAGCCUGUUGCAUUACUGUAAAAAUGCCUCACAUUGUGGUCUCAGCACUUAUUCAGCACAGUUUUUAAGGCCACAUACUCCACCUCAUAACAAAGGUUAUUGCCUAUUAGGAUGUUGCGUAAACUUUUAUUUUAACAAUGAAUUGAUGUAUCUCUCACAAGGGCAUGAUACAUGCGUAUCAUAUCUCUGUAGUUUUUUAAUUUUAUGAAUAAAUGAUUUUUGUCUUUAAUGUUGGUUCUUUUAACUGACCAGGACCAUUAACCUACAGAUUGGCCUUUAGCCACUAUCAGAUGGUGAACUAUUGAUAUUGUUUGAAUAUUUUGUUUCUUGCAUUCUGUAAAAAGAUUUAACAUUUCAGAAUUGUUGUGAGUAUCUCAAAGUUGGUAUGCAGCUGCAAUAAAGAAUUCUGGUGAUGUAAGAACUUGUAUAGGGUAUCUUGUUGGACUUAUGUAUAUAGUAAAUAUGUAAUAAAGCUGCCUUUAUACUUUAAAAAAUACAUCCAUGUUCAGUUUAAAAAAAGUAUUUACAGUGAAUACUUAAAAAAUGUAUUCACAUGAGAGAGAAUUGUGAUUGACUCAGAACUAUUUGCUAAAAUAUAAAAUGCUUGCUUUUGAAAAUUCUCAGCAGUGAAUGCUUAUAUAAAGAAUAUAUAAAUUGAUCUGCUGGAGUAUUUUGCUCACAGAAGAAUCUUCAAGCCUAUUUGGGGGGAACCAACUACACUUAAAUCGCUCGUGUUUGAAAUCUGAAGCUUUGAGCAACAUUGAAAAAUAAAAUAUUCAAACAAAUCAGAAAAGCCUGACAGUCAAACAGCAAUCCCGUCAAAAAUAAAUUUUAAUUCAAAUGAGCAAAAACCUCAAAGAAGAAACUGAAAAUUACUGAAGUACUUUUUGCUCAGCUUUUAUUCAGUAUCACUGAAUGCACUAGCAGGAGUGAGCGUUAAGCACUACAUUUAGACCACUGAGAGUCAUGAACAUUUGUGGUCACUUUGUGUGAAUUCCAAUCUUCAUUGCUUUCACCUAACUAUUACAUUUGGAUUGAUGUUAAAUACUCACAGUCAACUAUCUUGGCAUACAGGCACCUGAAAAGUGUUAAGAUCAACAUUUCAGAAAAUAAUUCGAAACAUAAUAGUGACAGCGGCCAAAUUAAUUUUGUAGCCAUGGUAUUUGAUGAAUUGUAGGAGUUGAAGAAUGUAAUGCUACACAUAGCUACACAUAAAUACAUGGAGCACAGUUAGUGAUUCUUGUGCCAUAGAUUCAGCAAUUUAAUGUCACUUUGCAAUGAAAUUGGUCUGUCUGUACACAGUUUCUCCACUCCCCAGGUAUGCAGUCCUUUGUGCUGAUAAAUUUGUUCCCUUGUGUACGACUGGCAGUUUAUACUGUUUGUGCUUCAGUUAUGUUAUAUGUUGUAUGAUUCAUUGUUUUGUUCCCAAAUGCAACUGUUUGGUUUAUGAUCAAUGAGGGAAAAUAAAGAAAUAAUUGGGGGAAAA